AUGAAAACCCACCAUCCAAAACUCAAAACACAGCCGCGUCCACUCUUUUCUUGUGGUUUCUUUCGGCAAUGCACAGAAACUACUCUUAGUCCCACCACUCCUAACCCACCUUCUCUCCCUAUCUCCUCCACUACUCCACCACCACCACAGACAGCAGCAGCACCACCUCCACCGCCGCCACCACCACCACAACAAAAAUUAUUUAACCAAACCCACCAAAAGUCCACACAAGCUGAAUCCUCUUCCUCCUCCUCCUCCUCCACUACUACCUCCCAAAGCUUCACUCAGUGGAGAUUUCCUCUAUCGAACUCCCCACUCCACCAACCCACACCCGAAGCCGACCCAAAUCAAGACUCCACCUUUAUACCACCAUCGCCACCACCGAAGCACUCCACCGACCUCCAAGAACUUCUCCACCUUGCUGAGCCGCAGCUUACCAACGGCUCAGAAACCGAGCAACUUUCUGCUCUAUAUCUCUUAGAACGUUCACUAGUACCCGACCCGCCAUCCGACCCGGUUUGCUCACCCGAAUUAAUGCGCGGGGUGGUGGCAAAUUUGAAAAACAAAGCAGGGGUAAAACCGGCAACCAAAAUUUUAUUCGCCCUUUGCUUGGCGGAGGCCAACCGCCACGUCGCGGUGGAGGCUGGGGCGGUGGGAACGCUGGUGGAGGUGGCGAUGGAGCUCGACGGAGCUCCGGCGGAGAGGGCAUUGGCGGCGUUGGAGCUGACAUGCACGGUGGCGGAAGGGGCAGCGGAGCUCCGGGCACAUGCGCUUGCGGUGCCGGUAAUGGUGACAAUGAUGGGUAAAAUGGCUGGAAGGGGCAAAGAGUACGCGAUAAGUGCUCUCGCUGUGAUUUAUGGGAUUUGCGGAGCUGGGGCUGAUGGGGAGCAAGAGGUCCACGCGCCUCCAGAGGAGGUGGCGCGUGCGGUUGUGUUGGCUUUACAAGGGGAUUGCACCGCUAGAGGGAGGAGGAAGGGGGCCCAGCUCUUGAAGGCUCUUGAAGAGUAUGGACGGGUGAGUUUAACUCAAGAGGGGAAUGAACCCCCGUGA